AUGUUUUUCUCACAGCCCGCCCACCUCGCUAAGGCGGAGGAGCUUAGGACUCCUCCGUCAAAAGGCACGCCGUACUCGGUGGCCAUUCCCGGGACUGAACAGACUGGCCGCAGCCGGAUCUACCGGGCAUGGAAUGCGCAGAAAGAACUGCUGAAGACCUUGGAUCCCCAGGUUGUCACCGCGCACGACAUGUUCGAGUCCACCGCCAACCGCCAACCCAAGAACCACUGCCUCGGCUGGCGCCCCUUCAACUCGGCCACCAAGACCUUUGACCAAUACCAGUGGCUCACAUACGAGACUGUUCAGAAGCGGCGGGCGGCUUUUGGUGCCGGUCUGGUAGAGCUGCACCACAAGCACAACUGCCACCGACCCGGCCAGUACGGUAUUGGCCUUUGGUGCCAGAACCGCCCCGAGUGGCAGAUUACCGACCUGGCCUGUAUGUCGCAAGGUCUCUACUCGGUGUCCAUCUACGAUGUCCUGGCUCCGGACGCCACCGAGUACAUCAUCAACCAUGCGGAGUUGAACUGCGUUGUCACAUCUCUCCCGCACAUCCCUACUCUUCUCAAGCUCAAGCCGGCGAUGCCGAACCUCAAGAUGAUUAUCAGCCUGGAUCCCCUUGAUGCUGGUGAACAAGAAGGCCACUCAAAGCGCGCUUUGCUGGAGUCUAUCGCUGCGGGCCAGGAUGUUGCAAUCUAUACUAUUGAUCAGGUCGAGGCCCUGGGAGUGGCCUCCAAGCGUGGAUAUCAAGCCCCCUCUCCAUCUGAUAUCGUCACUAUUAACUACACUUCCGGCACCACCGGCCCUCCCAAGGGUGUGGUUCUGACCCAUGAGAACGCCGUGGCAGCCACCUCCGCCGGUCUGAUCACCAUUGGCCAGGCCCGCGGGGAUACGAUGUGUUCUUACCUGCCUCUAGCGCACAUCUAUGCCCGUCUGUCAGAGCACACUGCCUUUUACGGUGGUGCCCGCAUCGGUUACUUCCACGGCAACAUCGUGGAGCUGGUCGAUGAUCUGAAGAUGCUGAAGCCCACUGGUUUCAUGUCCGUCCCCCGCCUCUACAGCCGCUUUGGUACUGCCGUGCGUGCUGCCACCGUUGAAGCUCCCGGUUUCAAGGGAGCCAUGUCCCGACACAUUGUAGCAGCCAAGACUGCCAACAUGAAAAACCCCGAUCCCUCCCAGGCCACCAUCCGGCACGCCCUGUAUGACCGGAUCUGGGCCAAGAAGGUAGCCGCGGCUUUGGGUCUGGACCGUACUCGCUACAUGGUCUCAGGCUCGGCCCCUCUGGAUCCUACCUUGCACAACUUCCUGCGCGUUGCCACCGGUACCGAUGUUCUCCAGGGCUAUGGUCUGACCGAGUCUUAUGCCUGCGGUACUGCCCAGUCCUCUCAGGACCUUACGGCCGGCAACUGCGGCGGCCUGGCCCCCUGCACGGAGGCUUGCCUGGCGUCUCUGCCGGAUAUGGAAUACUCCGUCGAUGACAAGCCGUACCCGCGGGGUGAGCUGCUCCUGCGUGGCAGCAACAUGUUCCGCGAGUACUUCAAGAACCCGGAAGAAACCUCCAAGGCGAUGACCGAAGAUGGCUGGUUCCGCACCGGCGACGUGUGCCAGAUCGACGAGAUGGGCCGCUUCAUUAUCAUCGACCGCCGCAAGAACGUGCUCAAGCUGGCCCAGGGCGAAUACAUCUCCCCCGAGCGCCUGGAGGGUUUGAUUAUGUCCGAACUCGGCUACCUGGCCCAGGGAUACGUGCAUGGCGACAGCCUACAGACCUUCCUGGUCGGAAUUUUCGGCGUCACGCCGGAUCUGUUCGCGCCGUUCGCCAGCAAGGUUCUCGGCCGCAGCAUUGCCGCUACCGACCUUGAGGCCAUCAAGGCGGUUUUGAACGACGACAAAAUCCGCCGGGCGGUAUUGCGGGAUCUGGAGCGCGUGGCCAAGAAGCACAAGCUGGCCGGCUACGAGCGCGUACGCAACUGCUCCCUGAAGCUGGAGCCGUUCACUGUGGAGAACAACUUGCUGACGCCGACUCUUAAGCUGAAGCGCCCUCCUACGGUCAAGCUAUACCGCCAACUCUUGGACCAGCUAUAUGCCCAGGCUGUGGAGGAAGAGUCCGCGCCCCGGGCCAAGCUGUAG